GAUUCGCCCGGUCAGGAAUCUGCGUGUCAAAUGUUGCCUAUUACGCCAUACUCUGUUCUUGUACCGGAAUAUUGCGGAAACAGCUCGAAGAAACGGGAUUCCCUGUGGCUUUCUGUUGAAUAUUUGUAGCUGAAAGUGUUCAUCGUGUGGAGCAAUGCAUUCGGGAAACUCGGAGAAAGCGGCUUCGCUACGGAAACGGACGCUGUCUCGAGGAAUGAGCGAAGACGAGUCUCUUCGACACAUUAUUAGAGAGGCAGAAGAAACAAACAGGUACCUGUCACGCAAUGACAGCAGAUGUGGAUCAUUAAAACGAGGACAAAGAAAAGAAAGCCUUGGUGAAGAGGAUCUUCUUAUUGAAAAAGUAGAAAUGGUGGAGCAGCGAGCAGACUAUGAGCUCUGUUUACAGGAGAUGCGAGCUCUUGAGCUUCAGCAGGAGGCUCGUUUGUUUCAGGUGGACUGUCUUCAGGAUGCUCUCGAGGGCGCAGAGGAGAUGCUUUCUGAAGCCCAGAGAGAGGCUCGUGCAGUCACGAUGGAAUUGGAGCGCGAGCGGGAUGCUCGGAGGAAGCUGGAAGACAUGGUGGCCUCAUUAAUGCAGGAGAUGGAAGUGUUAAAAGAGGAAAGAAAUUCCGUUUCUGUCUUUCCAGUCAAUGACCUGGUGGGAGACCAAACACAAGGAGUCGUCGAUAUAUCUGCUGUCUUCUCAGGAACAUCUGUAGAUGGAGAUAUAUCCAGUGAGGGGAUGAGCACUGUUGCGUAUUGUCCAGCCGCUACAGAAACUUCCUCGAAAGCAGCUUUGGGCUUCAAGAGUGGACAUACUGAGCUGUUUCAGGCCAGACAUGCUGGACCCAUCUGGCUUCAGGAUGCUCCAGACGGAACAUCAGUGGACCAGGAAGCAUCACUGAUCUCAGACACUGAAAGCUCUCCUCUAAAUCUGAAUAGAAGCUCGACCUUACAGCUGGAAAAAGUGAUCGACCCAACGGUACAUUUUAAUCAGAAGUGUGAAGCUCAUGAUAGAGAUGACAAUGAUGAAAGUAGUGGAUAUGAGGACGCUCCAUCAGAGUUCUCACCGACACCUUCCACCCCCGAUGGAGUUCUACUGGAAGGUGACAAUUAUAUGGGUGGCAAUGAGUCUGAUAGCUCUAGAAAUGCGGAUUCUUGUGCUCUCUCUUAAGAGCUUUUUUGUCUACCAUUUAGUCCUUUAUAAAAAUGCUGCCAAUACAACAUAGUUCUAAAAACCUAGUUGUAUUCAGACUGUUGAAGUAUAACACUGGAGCUAAAAUUCAAGUCACCACGGCUGAAAAAGCCUUAGCACAAUCUAACAAUUCAUCAGUCAGCAAAAUACGGGAUCUGCACUUUUUCUGCUACUAAUUUCUAGCGGUAGUUACUUUUUAUUGGAUGUAUGUUUAUCCUUAUUAUUGUGAUAUGAUAAAUGAGCUGUCAAGGCAAUCAAGUUUUCACAAGGAUGUGGUUUACAGACAAGUGGGUCUGUAUGGAAAAGGAAAUGACUUCUAGUUGACCACACUUUUUCUCUGAUUGCACCAAAUAAAUCAAAAGCGAUAUUAGGAGCAUGUCAAUGGGAACUAUUACAUAAACUGCCAAGAAGGGCAAAUACUGUCCCUAUCUUGUUCAGCUUACAUCAAGUCUGCUUAUUUAAUGAGUUUGCUCUCUUUUGUUGCUUGGUAAAAGCAUGUUGAAAAAGAUGGAGAAGAACUGGUUUUGUUCUUGCCAGCAGUACUCAGCACUUGUCAACACAGCAAUGCUUUCUAUCUGAUGUCUUUUUUUCUGCCAUGUGGACAGUUUAGUUUCAUUCAGUUUCCUGCUUGUAAAGAGGCUAUGCAUUGACGUUACUUUCCCACGUGAACACGCCGGAACGCCCCCUUGAGUGGCAAAACAUUUAGCAAAAUGGCUGCUUUCAAUAGGAUAAACAAAGAAACCGUGACUAAAACACACAAUUUUUUGUGUGUUUAGCAGUUAGACUUGACACUUACAUAGGAACCAGGUGUAUUUGUACACUGAAAUAUUGCGCAGAAUUGCGUUUCCUGAUAUUUAUUUUGUAUCUGAUUUCAAUGCUUGGGGAAAUACACAAAGCAAAGCCUAAAAGUUAAGUAACUUUUUCUACUCGAGCAAACACGUUUGGUGGUUUAACAAACCUUACAAGAUUUACAUCACUCUUCUAAAUGUUUACUGUGCUGACAAUUUGGUCAUCUUUCAGUUUGUAUGGAAUCCAUCUGCUUAGAAUGUUAAAACAAAUACAUUUACAUUUACACAACAUAUAAAGCUGUUGAAAGUAGGUAGGUAACGCUAUUAUGGUAUGGCUCAACAAAAACAACUUACUUGAGCUGAUUCUGAUAUGAAAUGGCAAGCAAACAUCCACGUUUCACUAUUCGUUUGGUUUCAGCAAAUUGCAGCGAUUCAUUUGCUUUUUUUCUUCCCUUUGGUUUUGUGCUCAAUCUGUUUGUACAAUCAAUCGCACAACAACCUUUUCCCGUUCUAAAUGGAGUACAGAUAAAGAUAAACACUGCGACAUUCGGUCUUUCUACCACUCAUUGGCUGCGACUCCCUUGACUUCACGUGACGUGACGUGUCGUGUGCGGUGAUGACACGUGCAUACCCUCUCUAACCUCUAUAUUACAUUGAAGUUUCACAAUUACAUUGAAUAAAAAAAUCAUUUUGUGUUGUCCGUG